CUUGCAAAAAAAAAAAUGUUUUGCCAAAGUUGCUUCAAACGGACUUUGACAGUGAGGAGGAGCUUGAACAUCAGAUAUUUAAAGGAGAGUUUGUCUCGUCUACAACUGGAAAACACAAACGAAACAAACAUCUCUGCUGUGAUCUACAGAGGACAGGUUGAGAAGAUGGCAAUGUUUUUGUUGUUGGUGGCUCUUAUCCCUGUUAUAAUGGGAUGUGAGUGUGAUCGUGAUGUAGACAAGCCGAUCAACUGUUCUGACCUUUAUAAAGCAGGACAAACAGUCAGUGGGAUUUACUCCAUCUAUCCAGCAGGUGGCGCUCCUGUCUGGGUUUACUGUGACAUGAUCUCAGAUGGGAAAGAUGAAGACAACGGAGGAUGGACGGUGUUUCAGAGGAGAAUGGACGGCAGUAUUAAUUUCUAUCAGCCGUGGAAUCAGUACAAGAGAGGAUUUGGGAAUGUGGAGAGCGAAUACUGGCUGGGGCUGGAGAACAUGCACCAGCUGACACGUAACAGGAAGUACAUGCUGAGAGUGGAUCUGGAGGACUUUGAAGGAAGGAAAGGUUUUGCUCUAUACUCAUCCUUCUCUGUGGAUUGUGAAUGUGCAGGAUAUCAGCUGAGUGUUUCAGGAUUCACUGAUGGAGGAGCAGGAGCAGGGAAUUGGCAGACAUUUUGGAUCUUUCGUAAAUGUGAAUACAGCUGCUGGAGGAUUUUUCCAAGAUUGCUACAAAUGGACUUUGAUACGCAGAGGAGGAGCUUGAAAAUCAGAUAUUCAAGACGUGUUUGUGUCAUCAAAGACUGAAGAAUACAAACG